AUGAAGUUCAACGCUGCUGCGGCGGCUGUCUCUGCCGCCAUUUUGGCUGGCACUGCCCACGCCGACAAGCCUGAGGAAUCCUCUUCUCCUGUCGUCCCGGAACUCCCUACCUUUACUCCCACCACCCUCAAAGCUCCCUUCCUCGAGCAGUUCACCGAUGACUGGGAGAAGCGAUGGAAGCCUUCUCAUGCCAAGAAGGACAUGAAGGGCUCUGGCAAGGAUGAGGAAGAAUGGGCCUUUGUUGGAGAAUGGUCUGUCGAGGAGCCUUACCAGUACAAGGGCAUGGCUGGUGAUAAGGGUCUUGUUGUCAAGAACCCUGCUGCUCACCACGCCAUUUCUGCCAAGUUCCCCAAGAAGAUUGACAACAAGGGCAAGACUCUUGUCGUCCAGUAUGAAGUCAAGCUUCAAAAGGGUCUUGAGUGUGGCGGUGCCUAUAUGAAGCUGCUUCGCGACAACAAGGCUCUUCACCAGGAGGAGUUCAGCAACACUACUCCCUACGUCAUCAUGUUCGGUCCUGACAAGUGCGGCCACACAAACAAGGUCCACUUCAUCUUCAACCACAAGAACCCCAAGACUGGCGAGUACGAGGAGAAGCACCUGUCUUCUCCCCCCACUGCCAAGAUCUUGAAGACGACUGAGUUGUACACCCUGAUUGUGCACCCCAACAACACCUAUGCUAUCAAGCAGAAUGGUGAGGAGGUCAAGACCGGCUCUCUCCUCGAGGACUUCACCCCCUCUGUCAACCCCCCGGCCGAGAUUGAUGACCCCAAGGACUCCAAGCCCGAGACCUGGGUUGAUGAGGCCCGUAUUCCCGACCCUGAGGCUAAGAAGCCUGAGGACUGGGAUGAGGACGCUCCUUUCGAGAUUGUCGACGAGGAGGCCACCAUUCCCGAUGACUGGCUCGAGAACGAACCCACGACCGUUGCCGAUCCCGAGGCCCAGAAGCCUGAGGAUUGGGAUGAUGAGGAGGAUGGCGACUGGGUCGCUCCUACUGUUCCCAACCCCAAGUGUGCCGAUGUCUCUGGCUGUGGCCCCUGGACCAAGCCCAUGAAGAAGAACCCCGAUUACAAGGGCAAGUGGUCUGCCCCCUUCAUUGACAACCCUGCCUACAAGGGACCUUGGGCUCCUCGCAAGAUUAAGAACCCUGCCUUUUUCGAGGACAAGACCCCCGCCAACUUUGAGCCCAUGGGCGCUAUUGGAUUCGAGAUCUGGACCAUGCAAAGCGAUAUCCUCUUCGACAACAUCUACAUUGGUCACUCCAUCCAGGACGCCGAGAAGCUGGCUGCCGAUUCUUUCGCGCUCAAGCACCCCGUUGAGAAGGCUUUGGCUGACGCCGACAAGCCCAAGGAGGAGGACAAGCCCAAGUCUCCCUCUGACCUCAAGUUCCUCGAUGACCCUGUCCACUACGUCAAGGAGAAGCUCGACCUCUUCCUCACCAUUGCCAAGAAUGACCCUAUUGAAGCCAUUAAGUUUGUUCCUGAGGUUGCUGGUGGCAUUGGCGCCAUUGUCGUGACUUUGGUCGCACUCAUUGUCGGUCUCGUUGGCCUGGGCGGAUCUUCGCCUGCUGUCAAGGACACUGCCGCGGCCGCCAAGGGCAAGGCUAAGGAGGCCAAGGACAAGGUUGCUCAGGCUACUGCUACUGGUGCGGAAAAGGCCAAGGGCGAGGCCAACAAGCGAGCCACUCGCAGCCAGUCGUAA